AUGGCGCGAUCUCGUCAACGACAAACCAAUGCAUUUUAUGAUGCAUGUCAACAAGGUGAUUUGGAAUGUGCACGAAAACUACUACCAACAAUGACAUAUGAAGAAAUAAAUCGAGGAGGAUCUAAUGACGAGCGAGAUUUGUGUUCGCGAUGGAAACUAAAUAAGAAAGGAUUGACAGCUUAUGAGAGUGGUCAGUUAAAUGAGAUUCGCAAACUAUUUAGUCGUCCAUCGACAUCAAUAGCUCGCCGUUUCUACGAUGAGAAUCCGAUGAUAUCCUUACAACCGAAAUCCUUUGAUACGAUCGUGAAUACUGAUACAUUGUCAACUUCUAUUCCCGAUAAUUGGUCACGUGGUCAUACGAAUGCAACUGACGCAGUCGACGGUAUAUUUAUGUGUUCUCUAUCGAAAGCUCCAUUUCUAUUGAAGAAACUACUUGAAAUGCGUACAAAGCGUGAAGCUCAAGAAAAUUUCGAAAAGCUUAUUCAAACAUAUUUGACGGAUCCAAAGAUUAAACCGGAUAAACGUGAGAAAGUUAUGCGACCAUACGACGAGUACAAGCGUACGAAUAGAGUUGAAUUAUUGUUGACUAUAUAUACUAUGGAUACACCCAUUUAUAGUAUACUCAAAAACGAAGCUAAUGCGUUUACAACUCUUGUUUUUCUUCAUAUUGAUCAAUUAGCUAGUAAAGCGUAUACUGGAAUAACUUAUCGAGGUGUUGCCAUGACUCAAGAUGAGAUUGAUGCUUACAGAUGGGCUCAGACUUCUCCGAACUAUGUUUUGGAAACACGCACAUUUCAAUCGACUUCGAAAUCAAAAGCUAUGGCUAAAUUUUUUGCUUCGGCUGCAUCUACAAUGGACACAUGUGCCGUCGUGUUCACCUUUAUAUUUAAAGAAAAAUGUAUUACCGCUAUUGAUCUUGAUCAAAUAGCACAUUUUUCUGAAGAAGAAGAAGUCUUACUGUUUCCAUUCACAUUAUUCAAAGUUGAACAGAUCGCUUUGGAUUCUAUAGAUGGCAACUAUGAAAUCGUCUUAACUUGUGUGAAUUGUCCUGAAAAAUCUUUUCUUCAGGCAUGGCGCCAUUUGCGCAAUAAAUAA